AUGACUGUGGUUCUCGCCCCCCGCGAACAACAUUCGCACUUUUCCCCGGAUCCGUUGCGAGCCCCCACCGCACAGCGCUAUUUCCUCGACCUCCCUUCCAAAUCCCCCAUGCACCAUGUUUAUCCCUCCCAGUGUUCCCCUGGCUCCCCACUCUCCCUUCCCCCAUCUCCAAGCUUCUCUCCUACCGAAAUCGAUCAAUUCUCUCCAACCACCACCCUGUCGCUCGACGAGGAUUUGAUUCUCCCAUCCUACCAAGGAGAGGGAGACGAGGGAAGGGUCCGCAAGAAUUCCGAUGCCCUGAGCGACGCGUCCGAAAGUGGAACCCCGUGGACCUGUGGGACCCCAGCUGCCGACGAUACCUCUGUUGAAGAUGAACCUUCUCGCCAUGUAGACUACCUCUCUCAUGAUUGGCGAGAGGAGGAUAUUUGGUCUUCUUGGAGAUAUGUCGCCGCUCGCAAAAAUGACUACAGCAAUGGUGUACGCUUGGAAAAUGCCUCUUGGAGAACCUGGGCCAAAGCAAAGAAUAACCUCGGCACCAUUUCCCCAGAGACCUUGAAUUGGUUAAAAGAUUGUGACGUGACUUGGCUCUAUGGACCACUCAAGACGUCCGUCUCGAGCGACGCCAUAGCAUCCGACGUGUCUCCGCCACCCAGUCGCCUGGAAACCCCCAACUCUUAUCGGGAUCGAAAGCCCAUUUUGAAAAAGAAGACCGCUUCAGAGACCAUGCUUCAGCGAUCCUUAUCACAACAUACUCUUCUCCAACAUGCCGGUGCUAUCCUCAAGGCACAAGAAGCCGAACAGGGCUGGACUCGCCCAUCCUUCCCUCGAUCCAAUACGGACCUUGAUCACAUCCAUCAUCGAACGGGGAGCUCGACAUAUUCUCUUGGAGGCACAUUGACCACUUCUUCUUCUGGCAUGACCUCCCCCAGCGAGCGUCGUCAUAUCCAUUUUAACAAUGAGGUGGUUCAAUGCAUCGCUGUCGAAGCCAAAACUGAUGAAGGCUGGCCCGUGACCUUUGACGAAGAGUCAUCUUCGGAUGAUGGGGUCGUCAUGAUGCCUCGGCCGCAGCACCCCUCUCGGAACAGCUUCAGCAGCGAAAGCAAAACCAUCGCUCCCCUCCCAUCCACUACCCUCAAGUACCGUGGGGACACUCCCGAGCCUCGUGUUGAACCUUCAAUACUGGAUCGCUGGGCCACUUUCUCAUCCAGAUCAACGUCAUCCCCUUCUGCCACCCCUACCUCUUCAUCCUUAUCCCCCACCCCAUCCGUGGAGACUCUCCGACCACCUUCUGCCAACUUCUUGCUGGAUGAUGACGAAGAUCCAACCCUUGACUUUACUGGCCAUUACCGAGAUCGUCAAGCUUGGUUCGUUCCCGAGGAGGAAGACGAGCUAGCUGAUCGACCCCCGCGGUUGUCCACAUCCGGCAUGUUCGUACCCUACGGUGAGCCGGAUGGUGAAUCGGAAGGAGAAACUACCCAGCACACCAUUCUAGGUCGCGUGGUUGAUACGGUCAAUACGGCUCGGGAUAUUGCCCAUGUCAUUUGGAAUGUCGGCUGGCGACGAUGA